AUGUACUUCAAGUACGCCACCGCGGCCAUUGCGGCCGUCCUUCCUCUCUGCUCUGCGCAGACCUACAGCGACUGCAACCCUCUUGAGAAGACUUGCCCGGCUGACAAGGGCCUGGCGACCUCGUCUUUCAGCUCUGAUUUUCACAAUCUGGACGGAUUCAAGACCACUGCUGGAACCGUCAACACUGGCCCCAACGGAGCCGAGUUCACCAUCAACAAGAAGGGCGAUGCUCCCACCAUCGAUACCGACUUCUACUUCCUCUUUGGAACGGCUGAGGUGGUCAUGAAGGCUGCCCCGGGAACCGGUAUUGUGAGCAGCAUUGUCUUGGAGUCGGACGUCCUCGACGAAGUUGAUUGGGAAGCUCUCGGGGGCGAUAAUACCCAGAUCCAGACCAACUACUUCGGCAAGGGUGACACCUCGUCGUACGAUCGCGGUACCUACGUGGGCGUUGCUGGUGGGCCCCAGAACGAUUUCCACACCUACACCGUGAAUUGGUCCAAGGACCAGAUCCAGUGGUUGAUCGACGGCAACGUGGUGCGCACGCUGGCCUACAACGACGCCAAGGGCGGCUCUCGCUUCCCGCAGACCCCCAUGCGUCUGAGACUGGGCAUCUGGGCCGGUGGUGACCCGGACAACGCCCAGGGCACCAUCGAGUGGGCCGGCGGUGUCACCGACUACAGCCAGGCGCCCUUCAGCAUGUACGUCAAGUCCGUGCGCAUCGAGAACUCCACGCCGGCCGAGUCCUACACCUACUCCGACAACAGCGGCUCCUGGCAGAGCAUCAAGACCUCCGGCGGUACCGGCGGCACCUCUUCGUCCUCUUCGUCCUCUUCCUCCACUUCGGAGAGCAGCACUUCCUCGAGCUCCUCCAGCUCCAGCUCCAGCUCGAGCUCCUCCUCCACCGAGUCCUCGACGGAGGCGACCACCUCUGCCCCGACCACCACGACGGCGGGCUCCACCACCGCCUCUGGCCUCACCACCGCGCCCUCCACCUCGGGCACCGGCGCUGGCUCCGCCACGGGCGGUGGCUCCAGCGCUGCGACGGGCGGUGCCGGCGGUGCCGGCGGCUCGGCCACUGGUGGUGGUUCCAGCUCUGGCACUGCCGCGGCGACCAGCGCCACUCCCAGCGUGUUCGACGGCGCGGCGUCCUCUCUCUCACGCUCUUCCAUGGGCGCUGCGACGGUCUUUGGAUUCAUUACCGCGAUGCUGCAGCUGUAA